CAAAAUGAUGUCUUAACAACAAAAUAAAUAAAUAAGAAAAAGAGAGGGGAAAAAAGGGUCCUAAAUAAACCUAAAUUGACAUUUUUCUUAAACCCAAAUGUAGGGUUUUAAGCUUGAUCGCAAAUUCACUAUCAUUCUGACUCAACAACAUGCCGACCAAGAAAAAGAACUCAAAAACACCUUCAAAACCCUCAAAUUCCGACCAAAGCAGCCUUCUUUCGUCGCCUUCCGCUGCCUCUUCUUCUUCACUGUCGUCGCCGUUCGAUCCGACCCACGAACUGCUGCUGUACUCUCUCGAUGAAGCUGCAGCUCAGUUCCCAUCUCUCAUCUCCGCAGCAGCUUUCGUCGGCACAGUCGUCGACGAUGUCGUUUCCGACCCCAGAGGCUGCAAAAUUUGGCUGUCUGAAUCAGUCAUGGUUUCUUCUUCAAUUCCCCCAGGCUCCCUUGUCUCGGUCUCUCUUUCUUCUUUGGACAAAGGUAUGAGCGGAUUCCCUCUGUGUAAGCUACCAGAUGAAUGCGCUCAAUGCUUUGGGUUUGACUUUACCAACAAUUUGGCUGAUGAACCUGGAACAUAUUUUGCUCUUGCGACCGUAUUCCCAUCUAGUAAGGUUUCUAAAAAUGGAGUGCGCUUGUCUUUGAACCUUUCACACACUCUGGGUUGUCCAUGUUCAGGCAGGAUGGUUUUUGUUUAUCCUGUUAAGCGUCGCACCUUGACUGAGAAUGGAAAUGGGUCACGCUGUGGCCCUGCAGCUGGUUGUAUAUCAGUAGACAGCCUCCAGGAGAUUUAUCUAUCCCCAGUUUAUUUGAAAGGUAAAGAUAAAACUGCGAGGUCCACAUCUUCUCAUCGGGACAUUUCCAAAGAAUUAGCAUAUGGACAAGCUGAAAAUAGCAAUAUUUCAUCCCCAGUGACACCAUCUGUAUCAGAGUCUAAAAUUAGUUCCCCUUGCUCGGCACAGUCUCGCCUCUUGAAUUAUGACCAGUCAGCAUCAAAGAGAACAUACUUGUCUGAUGCAGCAUUUAGCAUACUUGACAUGAAGGGUGUUUUAAGAGAUGAUUCUUCAAGAAAACUUUUAGAAAUAUGCACCGGAUCAUGGUUACAUUCACGGAGUUUACUCUCUGGGAAUUUUGUUGCAGUCCCUAUACUUUCAGAGCUAUGUGUUUUCCAGGUUAUAGGUCCCAAAAGAUUGUCUUCAAAUAGUGAAGUUUGGAAUGGCAACAGUGACUUUCCUGCUCAGAGUUUAGACGAAGGAAAAUAUGCCAUAUCUGCUUUCUCUAUAGAUAGUGGUACAAAGAUUAUUUUUCUAUCAGCAGGAAAUUCGGUCGUUGAAACUUCAGUGAAAGGCUAUUCGGAAAAUCCAGAUACUGGGCAUGGGUCUAUCAGAAAAAAAGCAGAAGCACACCUUUUGAAGUUGGGAGGCCUUACUAAAGAAUUUACUGUUUUAAAAGAUAUCAUAGUUUCAUCAGCUGUGCAGAUGACAGUUGCAAGUUUGGGCUUACGACCUACAAAGGGAGUCCUUCUUCAUGGACCCCCAGGAACCGGAAAGACUACAUUAGCUCAAGUUUGUGCUCAUGGUGCUGGUGUGAACAUGUUUUCUGUGAAUGGACCUGAAAUUAUUAGUCAAUACCAUGGAGAAACUGAAAAAGCAUUGCAUGAAGUAUUCGUGAAUGCCAGCAAAGCUCCACCUGCUGUGGUUUUCAUAGAUGAGUUGGAUGCCAUUGCACCUGCACGUAAAGAUGGAGGAGACGAGCUAUCCCAAAGAAUGGUCGCUACUCUCUUAAAUUUGAUGGAUGGAAUUAGUAGAACUGAUGGAGUUUUAGUGAUUGCUGCUACAAACCGUCCUGACAGUAUUGAGCCCGCACUUAGACGUCCCGGAAGGCUUGACAGAGAAAUUGAAAUAGGUGUUCCAUCUCCGAGAGGACGCCAUGAAAUAUUGCUUGCACUUCUUAGUGAAAUGGCACACUCACUGUUGGACAAGGAUAUUCACAAUCUUGCAAUGGCCACACAUGGUUUUGUUGGAGCUGAUUUAGCUGCUCUGUGCACUGAAGCAGCCUUGGUUCGUCUUCGGCAGUAUGUUAAAUCUAAUGCCUGUCUUGGUGAUUCAGAUUUUGGAUUUUCAACCAUCGUUGAUUCAGAAUGCCAAGGUUUGAGCCAGUUGCAAGAAGUUUAUCCGGGUGGUGAGCUGGAAAGCCCUUGCAGUUUAGAAGAUUCUGUCAAAAGUAAUUUGUGUGCUACGUUUUCCUGCAAUUCAGAAACACAAAACUCAGCUGCAUCCAGGGUUGGAAUCACAGUAGAUGGGACUCAUGUUCUGAAGGACACCUUAAGAGUUUCUUCAGAUGACUUUGAGAAGGCUAGAAUUAGAAUAAGACCAAGUGCCAUGAGAGAGGUGAUACUUGAAAUUCCUAAAGUUGGCUGGGACGAUGUUGGUGGCCAGACAGAAGUUAAGAUGCAACUUAUGGAAGCUGUGCAAUGGCCUCAAAAACACAAGGAUGCUUUUGAUCGCAUUGGUACUCGGCCCCCAAGUGGAAUAUUAUUGUUUGGUCCUCCAGGUUGCAGCAAAACUCUUUUAGCCCGUGCAGUAGCUUCUGAAGCAGGGUUGAAUUUUCUUGCAGUGAAGGGCCCCGAGCUUUUCAGCAAAUGGGUUGGUGAAUCUGAAAAGGCCGUACGUACUUUGUUCGCGAAGGCCAGGGCUAAUGCUCCUUCGAUUAUAUUCUUUGAUGAAAUUGAUGGUCUUGCUAUAACUCGUGGAAAGGAAAGUGAUGGAGUAUCAGUUGGUGAUCGGGUUAUCAGUCAGCUACUUGUAGAAUUGGAUGGUUUGCAGCAAAGAGGCAGUGUAACUGUCAUUGCUGCUACAAAUAGGCCAGAUAAGAUCGAUCCUGCUCUUCUCAGGCCAGGACGUUUUGAUAGACUUCUUUAUGUGGGCCCGCCAAGCAGAAAAGAUCGUGAGGAUAUCUUUCGUGUUCAUUUGCACCGGAUGCCAUGCAAUUCUGAUGUAUGCAUCAGCGAGCUCUCUCUUCUUACUGAGGGCUAUACAGGUGCUGAUAUAUCACUUAUCUGCCGUGAAGCAGCCAUUCGAGCAAUGGAAGAGGACCGGUCUGCCUCAGAGAUCACGAUGGAGCACUUGAAAGCUGGAGUUCAACAAGUACAACCAUCGAACGUUCAGAUGUAUGAAAACCUCUCAACCAAGUUUCAGAGGCUAGUUCAUUCAACUGCUAACGAAGAUGAUUUGGAAUACAAACCCUGCCUUAUUAAACCGACUCAUAUUACUCUGUGGAGCAGGCUCAGAUCUGCUGUGCUCUUCCUUUCUCAGCUCCCAGGCUCCAUUUUGCAUCAAUAGCUUCAUGAAGCAGAUAAAUAUGACCUGCACCUGGUUAUGGGGUGCAACGACUCUCCUAUCCGAAACCAUGCUAUCGUCUUCUCUUCCCAGAAAGGAAGCAAGUUGAGAAAAUCACAGCUACAAGAAUGUCUGCAACUGAAAUUGUACAGCUGUAAGAGAGAGCCCUUCUACAGUUUCAUACGGCCACCGGUUAUCUGUCUUGUUGCUCGACUCUCCAUGGCAGGUUUCUCUAGAUUCUUUUCUGUUGAGAAUCCAUUUUUAUAGAUAUGAAUGUACAGUUAUUUUGACAGCUGAGGUAAAUCAGAAAAUUCCUUGCUAAGCUCUGUUUGUGGGGAACGUGAUUUUGCAUAUGAAAACAUGAUUACAUGGAAAGAUUUGAAAUGAAAUUGCAAGUUUCAGCCAAA